AGCUGAGGCCCUGCGUCAUUUGCAGAGUUUCAACACUAGAACAGUGCCCUGAAUAAGGCCUCUCCUCCAAAGUUGGGACCUUUGGGCACAAAUGGCCACAUUCUCACGUCCUAUGGCUUCUUCAAAUGCGAGACGUGCCCUAAUUCCAGAGGACUCUCCAAGCUUCUGCAUUAAGAUUGUCACUGAUAAUGACCUCCGAGAUGGGAAGGAACUUCCUGAGAUGGCUGUAAAGAUAUAUCGAAACUGUAUGGAAGACUCUAUAUUCCUCAAGGUACCAAAUUGUGAGACAUUAUGGCCAAUUGAAGUGAAAAAAUCAGCUCAUGGUGGCCGAAUGUGGUUGCACAAGGGAUGGCAAGAGUUUGCCAACUUUUACUCACUAGAGCAAGGAUACUUGGUAUUUGUGAGUUAUAAAGGCGAGCAUUCUCAUUUCCAAGGGCGCAUUUUCCAUUGGAAUGAUGUGGAAAUCGAGUACCCUAUUCGCGGAUCAGGAGGAACUGAUGGCAUACCAAAAAGGAAAAGAACAAGUGCUCAUGGAGGCAUGCCUAAUGCUUAUUUAAAAGCAGCUAGAGCCAUUUCAAAUUCCUCCAGAUCCUUGGGUAAUGAACACCAGAAUGUUCUUUCCACAGCUAACAGUUUCAAAUCUGACAAGCCAUUUAUUAUGAUAAAAAUGACAGCUUAUUACUUGCGUAGAGAAAUGUUUAUAAGUGCAUCUUUUGCCACAAAACAUCUCUGUCGAGCAGGCGCUUCUUGUGACUUGUCCCUACAGACUCCAGAUAUGAGAACUUGGAUUGCUGAAUUGAUUGUGUAUGAAACCACUGAGCUAAGAGUAUAUGCAAAGAUUAAAGGUGCUUGUUGGAAGGCAUUUAAGGAGGAAAAUCAUCUCGAAGAAGGUGAUGUCUGUGUGCUUGAGUUGAUAGAGGAAUGUAAAUUCAGAGUUUCGAUAUUCCGAGCAAGAGUGAAGAUUAACGAGUUAAGUGAAGCUGGAAGGCCAAGAUAAUUCAGCCAAGGAGAAGCUGUUAUCAUCCAAUUUUUAUUAACUAAGCAUAUGAACUAGUCAUGGUUCCAAAGCAUAUGUUUGACUUUUGAGGUGUAAACUCAGCAAAAAUUGUUUUAGAGGUUAGGAAUAGUUAAUUAAGCAUCCAUCUGAAGGAAAUUUUUUUGAAGUAUUAUGACAUUAGUAAAAAUGAGCAGUUGUGGUUGGAUUUUGUAA